AUGAAGAUUUCUCCUGUUAUUGUACCAGUUCAUUCGGACCUCUAUAUAUUGCCUAGAAACAUUAUCAUGGAAGAUAAGAAAACAAGCAACAUUAAAAGAAAUAACGCGAUAAUUGAUCAGCCAGGUCAUAGCAGGGACAGGGAAUAUAGCAAGCCAACUUCAGCUACAUCUGAGCACUUCACGGUGGCAACUAAUGAUGUAGUGUUUCGUCCGAGCGAGAUCACGCAGGAGAGCGUCGAGGCGGCGCUCAAGAACGACAAGGGAAGCGACGCUCGCCUCGUCUCCUUCACGGUCCAGGAAUGCACCAAGAAAGGAGACAACUUCGCAACGCUUGUGGCCAGAGUUAACGUUAAUUUCUCAAGUGGAAGAGUAAAUAAUGCCACUUCUUAUAUUGUCAAGUAUAACCCCAACCGACUCAAACUCCUUGAGAACUUUGGUUACAUCUCUUUCCAAAAAGAACAAGUGUUCUAUCAGCAACUUAUUAAUUUAAUCCAGUUACAAUUGCAAGAAAUUGGUCAGACACCUUUAAAAGUUCCCCAGUGUUUCUACAGUUCACUAGAAGAAAAUCGAGAAGUUAUAUUCUUAGACGACCUUGGGCCCAGAGGAUUCAGGAUGUUCAACCGCAAGAAAGGCAUGGACGUCGCCCACACCAAACUCGUCCUCGAGGAACUGGCCAGACUCCACGCAGCCUCGUACCUCCUCAAGGCCAAGAUCCCAGACCUUGCCGAGGAACAUCCAAUCCUAAAUUUGGAUUAUUUCAACUACGAUGAUAAUGCAGCACAAACAAUACAGGCUAUAUUUGCCAAUCAUACAGGUAUGGUUCAGGGAAUGCUUAAUAAAAUUGGUGGGUAUGAAGUGGCCGAGAACUGGCUGGCCAGGAACAAGGAGAGAGGGUUGGAGAUAAUGGAGAAUCAGCUGCAAAGGGUUCCUCCCUUCGAUGUCCUCUGUCAUGGCGAUUGCUGGAUCAACAAUGUGCUCUUUAGAUAUGAAGACAACGUUCCUGUGGAAGUUAUGUUACUGGACUUCCAACUGUGUCGCCAGGCAUCCCUCGCCACCGACCUCAAUUUCCUCUUACACACAAGUCUGGAAGGUCAUGUAAGGAAAACAAAACUUGAAACAUUUUUAGACAUUUACUUCUCGACUUUCUUCGGUGUCACAGAAGCAGGGAAGACUGUCAUGCCCUUCUCCCGGGAGGAGCUUCGUCAGGAGUACAGGAACCGCCUCGAGUAUGGGCUGUAGAUGUCACUGGUUGCCAACACCCUGAUUCUCUGCGAUGGAGAGAUCAAUGAGGAUGAUCCAGAAGGAUUUUCGGAUUCAAUGAAGGUCAACCUCAACGAAGUAUCCAAGUCACCUCUGUUACACUCUCGAUUCCUUAGUGUUUUUGAUGAAAUGAUGGAAAAUAAAGUCAUUGUAUAGAUAAUUUCUCACAAACAAGCAUCAGAUAUGUAUUAUCUUUACUAUUCAUUACA